GCGCCGGGUUGCUAAGGAAACGACGGUUGAAAGAUGGAGGAAGAUGAGAGAAAUGUGCAUUAUGUAAAAAUAGUGCAGGCCUAUGUGCGUGGUUUUCUAGUGCGUCAGAAGAUGCAUAUUGUGCAGAAGGAAUAUGCAGCAAUUGCAAGAGAGAUUGAGGGAGAAGAGAGAACCCUGCUUUGGGAGAAAGGUCCAGUCUCCAUACCACAGUUCAUCCAACCGGGAAUUACCAAGAAGGAACUGAACUGUCGAAACAUGCACAAUAUUCACAAUGAUGCAUGUAUACAUGAGUCUUCAGAAAACAUUGAGAACAUAAAUCUAAGACAUCCGUCUUCCACUGAUGCAUUUAUAGACCACAAGUAUCUACAGAACAAAAACUCAGAGGGUGGCCAUUCUUGUAAUCAAUCAGAGCAAAACAUAGCAGGACAAGAGAAAGACCUAGCUAGACCUGGACUGGAGAGGGAACUAGCUGGGCCGGAAAGAGACCUAACUUGGAGAACAGGAUGUAGCCUAGAGGCUGAUAAAGGCAAAGAGAGACACCUGGCUAAUGAAGAGAGGGAUAAGUACAUGUUUGAAACUAAUGGUGAGUGUGACAGCUUCCUAUUGGCUUCUGACCAAGUGAAUAGUAUAUGCAUGACUGGGAGUACCCAAGAGAAGGACCGCUGCCUGGAUUGGAUUGGUCCUGAGAAUUUAGCGUACCUGGAUGACACCAAACUUGAAGUGUCAAAUGAUAGAAGUCAAAGCUCAAAAGCUAAAGUGUCGCUUAACCAAAGGCAAGGAUUCCUGAAUUGGAGCAGACAAACUAUUCAGAAUGGAAAAGUGCUGGAAACAGGAAUACCAUUAAAUAAUCUGCAUGAGCUGAGACAACAUCGGAGCCACCUUGCCAUGGAGAUGUUGUGGGUGCAACAAGCUAUUACAAGCCGAAAAAAUUAUCUUAUGGUCCGACAUAAACUCGGGAUGCCUCAUUGAAUCUGAAAUGUCUUUUGAUUGAAAGAGAAGAAGAAAUUCACAAGGAGUGCUGCUGUGCAUACCACAUUCCCUUUCCAUCUAACACUGAGCAUGUGGGAAAGCGCAUCUGUUAUUUUUGACUAAAAUAUGUGAAUAUUGUAGAGAUACCCAGUUAUUACUACAGACUUCUCCUGAUCUGUCAAUGUAUAUGUCGAAUAUCUCUUUAAAAGGGCUGAAUAAAUAUUGUCUGGACUAAAACCAGGACAUAA